AUGCACGUCGCCGCCGGUGGAGGAACAGGCUCCAGCCUAGCUCGUGCGAUCAUUAUUGUCACUGGCGUUUCAGCUCUAGUAGCAUCGCUACUCUCUCUUGUGUCCAUAUGGUUCCAAACCAAAAACUAUCGAAAGCCGUUACUCCAGAGAUAUGUUGUGCGCAUUCUUUUGAUGGUGCCAAUAUUCGCGGCAGCAUCAUGGACAAGCAUCAUAUCCCUGACUGCAGCUCAGUUUCUUGAUCCAAUCCGUGAUAUUUAUGAGGCCUUCACAAUCUACACAUUCUUCCAGCUGCUCAUCAACUUCCUUGGGGGUGAGCGAGCUGUGAUUAUCAUGGCCCAUGGCCGUCCACCAGUAUCGCAUGCCUGGCCGCUCAACCACAUGCUGCCGAAGGUCGAUAUCUCCGACCCGCAUACCUUCUUAGCUGUCAAGCGUGGCAUCCUGCAAUAUGCCUGGAUGAAGCCCAUCUUGGCUAUUGCAUCGAUUGUGAUGAAAGCAACCGAUACCUACCACGAGGGAUAUUUGGAUCUCGGUUCAGGCUAUCUGUGGACCGGCCUCAUAUACAACGCCAGUGUCACUCUCAGUCUGUAUUCUCUUGCGAUGUUCUGGGUAUGCCUUCACGAUGACCUUUUGCCAUUCCGCCCUGUUCCCAAAUUCCUGUGUGUCAAGCUCAUUAUCUUUGCCUCAUACUGGCAAGGAUUUUUCUUGUCUAUCCUGCAAUUCCUGGGCGCUCUUGGGAAUGGCGUUGCGGGGUACACCCCGGACAAUCUCGCUGCGGCCAUCCAGGAUAGCCUGCUCUGCUUUGAGAUGCCUUUCUUUGCCAUAGCGCACUGGUAUGCCUUCUCAUGGCAUGAUUAUGCGGACCCUACCAUCUCGGCCGCCCGGAUGCCAGUGAAAUACGCGUUCCGCGACGCAUUUGGCCCUCUCGAUCUAAUCGAGGACACAAAGAUCACACUGCGAGGAGACAAUUAUGACUACCGAAUUUUCGACUCAGGCGACAACAUCAUCGCGCACGAGGAGUCAGAUUCACGGGUCAAGCGAGUCAUGGAUGGAAUGAGAUAUGAACGCGGAGGAAAGGCAAAAUACUGGAUUCCCAAGCCAGGCGAGGCUAGCAAGUCCGUAGAGACCGAUAGCCGCACCCCACUUCUUGCUGGCGGGAGCUCCAGUGCUCGUGGUCGUAACGAGGGGGGCGGCGGUAGUUCUGCCGACCGAUACCGAUCCUAUAGUGAAAUUGAGGCUACGCUAGACGAUGAGGAUGAACACCUAUUCACAAACGCGCGGGCACUGGAGUUUGGAGAUUGGAAUUAUCCUGUCAUCACCGCCAACGAAGUUCCCAGAGACCAACGACUGCCAAGAACCAGGAGUUACCAACAGCCCAAUCAAUCAAGUGAGGACCACGUGAGAAAGUCUCGCACACAUCGAAAGGGCCGAACGUCGGGCAGCGAAAGCAGGCGGGAUCCCAAUUCCUCGCGCAAGUCCAGCAAGAGCUCCCGUGGACCAGGUCCCUUGCAGCGCAACGCCAGCUCCACAAGUUCCCAUCAGUCGCAUCGCAGCCAGCUUGUCGACCUUGUAGUGGAGAACCAGGAGGCUGAGGAGGAAGACCGAGCCCAGGCACAACGGGAAACCGGCUCUGCCUGGGGUGCUGAACCCCGCCACUACGAGAGACCAUCCGGACAGCCAAUCGAGGAAGAGACUGAACCCGAAGCCCCGGCCCAGGAAUCUCCAACCGAGCCGGGCCACGACCAAGCUGCCACGCGAUGGGCGUACAGUGCCCUGGGGGACGACAAUGAUGUGUGGAGCAAAUAA